CAUCGCGUAAUGAAAUGAAAUGAAUGAUAUUUAUUUUAUUUAUGCAAAUAAAUAUAUCAUCAGUUGGUUGAUUCAAAAGUCUCCAAACCCCUGGGAAAUCGGACAAUCCUUUCCCCAAACCAUAAUCUUCCUUUCUAUCUCUUGCGCUUUCGCUCAGGUCAUCAGCAAUCUCUUUCGAUUUCAUUCCUCUAACUUUUCCUGAGGAUUGACUGGUUGGCGCUAGCUCUGAUUUGCUGCUUUACAGCGUUUGGCAGGAGCCAUUGAUCGAAUAAAUGUCAAACUCUGUAUAAUUGCUUCAGAAGUUCAUUUUUUGUUAUUGGUGCUGCAUUGAUGGCGAGUGAUGUAGCUACUCAUCCAUUGCAAGAAUUAAACGACGAUGGGAUCAGUUGUUGGAAGGAUGAUGGUGAGAAAGCGAGUUUAUUGGAAACAUCUACUGGCUCCUCUGUAGAGAAGAAUGCACCUGGUGGUUCUUCUGAUUGGCCUAGGGGACUGGACCACUGCACGACUGCACCUGUUGGUCUCUAUGGAGAUAUGCUAAUCGAUGACAAUGAGAUUAAGUACUCUCGGUCUUUGACUGAGAAAGCCUCUCCUGUGAAUCACAACUCGAAAUUAGAUAGAUUGUCGGAGCGUGAAAAGCAAAAACUCAUUGUUGAGCUAGUCAGAAUACAAAAUGACGGGACAGUGGAAGUUGAUAUAAAUAGAGGAACUCCGGUAUCGGAGUUAUUGGAGUUUCAGCCAAUCAAAGGGGGGACAGUCACUUAUGAAAAGUCCUUGGCAGAAUCCUUCAGAUCCAUCCCAAGGUUAACGAUUGUUAUACUUGUGGUUGGAACUCGAGGCGAUGUGCAGCCUUUUCUAGCCAUUGCAAAGCGCCUCCAGGAAUUUGGUCAUCGUGUUAGGCUGGCAACUCAUGCAAAUUUCUCCUCUUUUAUACGGUCUGCUGGAGUAGAGUUCUAUCCCUUGGGUGGUGAUCCCCGAGAAUUAGCUGGAUAUAUGGCGAGAAAUAAAGGUCUCAUUCCUUCUGGGCCUGGAGAAAUCGCAAAGCAGAGAAAACAACUCAAGGCAAUCAUAGAGUCUCUUCUUCCGGCAUGCACAGAGCCUGAUAUGCAAACUGCUGCCUCUUUCCGAGCUCAAGCAAUAAUUGCAAACCCUCCUGCAUAUGGACAUGUGCAUGUUGCUGAAGCUCUUGGAGUACCCAUACAUAUUUUUUUCACAAUGCCUUGGACGCCCACUCAUGAAUUUCCCCACCCUUUGGCCCGUGUUCCUCAAAGUGCUGCGUAUUGGUUGUCAUAUAUAGUUGUUGAUCUGAUGGUAUGGUGGAGCAUAAGGACAUACAUAAAUGAUUUUAGGAAGAGGAAGCUAGACCUUGCACCUAUCGCUUAUUUCAGUACCUACCAUGGUUCAAUUUCUCACUUGCCUACUGCGUACAUGUGGAGUCCUCAUGUUGUGCCAAAGCCAAGUGACUGGGGUCCUUUAGUAGAUGUUGUUGGGUAUUGUUUCAUGAACCUUGGAUCGAAGUACCAACCUGGGGAAGAGUUUAUCCAUUGGAUAGAAAGAGGAUCACCGCCCAUAUAUAUUGGGUUUGGAAGCAUGCCUCUUGAUGAUCCCAAAAGCACAAUGGACAUUAUACUGGAGACUCUGAGAGAUACAGAACAAAGAGGGAUAGUUGAUCGAGGUUGGGGUGGCCUGGGAAACCUUGUUGAUGUUCCGGCAAAUGUAUUCCUCAUAGAGGACUGUCCUCACGAUUGGUUGUUUCCUCAAUGUUCAGCUGUGAUUCAUCAUGGCGGUGCUGGAACCACAGCGACUGGACUGAAAGCUGGGUGUCCAACAACAAUUGUGCCGUUCUUUGGUGAUCAGUUCUUCUGGGGUGACAGGAUCUAUGAGAUAGGACUUGGGCCUGCACCAAUACCGAUAGCUCAGCUCAAUGUUGAGAACCUCUGUAACUCCAUAAGAUUUAUGCUUCAACCAGAGGUGAAAUCACGAGUGAUGGAGCUAGCGAAAGUACUGGAGAACGAGGAUGGUGUAGCUGCAGCAGUUGAUGCAUUCCAUAGGCAUUUGCCACCGGAGCUACCACUGCUGGAUUCCUCGCCUGAUAAAAAGGAUGAAGAUGAUCAACCAGACCUAUUACAGCGGCUCUUCAUCCAGAUUGGCAAAAAGUGUUGCCUUCCAUGUGGGGGCGUGUGAUAUCAAAUGUUUUUAGAUGCUUUUUAGAUGCAUAAUCUUGUCUCUGCAACUUCAAUUCAUUUCAUUCAAUGGUCAGAAAUAUGAUUUUCUUUGGCAUUGUUACAUAAAUUGGAUAUAAAAAAAUAUUUGAUGGGUUUGUA